ACUCUCGAAAGAUGAUCCACUGCUACAUCGCACUCGUCAACACAUUUGAACUACCCUUAAUCUCCUGGCUUACAGCAUCUCCCAUUGCUACAGACAAUACUAAGACAAUGAAAGUAAUUUUCCGCUCAAGUAAAUAAGCGUAUUCGAGAGCAAACACAAUUUCAUAAUCAUAUACAACACAGACCCAACGGGUCAUAUACCAGGAUUAUCCGAUACGAGUGAAACAAAAACAUGUACAAAACGCAGUUAAAACACACCAAAACUGCCUCACCUUUGCUAUCGAGAAAGAUCGAGCAGUGUGAAUCCCGGGAUAAACCAUUCUGCCACACUGGUUCAGUGUUACGUUGAUUGCCAUAGUAGUAGGACCAACGGCUAGGAAACAAUUCAGCUGGCUGGCCCGUUAAUUUUUUUUGUACCCCACAAGACCGUUACUUAAAUCCCAAAUUUCCAAAUCGCGUGAAACGCCUGGCACGUCUUAGAUAGUGUUAAGGGCGAGGGAUGGCACUGGACGAGCCAAAGGUGGCACCGGAAGGUGACCAGCAGCAACUGGACAUCAAUGGAACGAACGAGAAACGUGACGAAGCUCCCGACUACUACAAACGACCCAAGUUCAAGCGAAACAUCAUCCCGUUUGAUACGGAGGAUCUGACGGUGCGUGUAAUCCGGGAACGUUUUCUUAUCCCGAACCAGGUGUCCGAGGGCAGCCCGGCCCAGAAGGCAGGUCUCAAGCUGGGUGAUCAAAUCCUGAAGAUCAACGGUGCCGAUGCGUCGGCCAUGCGUCUUGCCACCGCCCAAUCCGUCAUCAAACAGGCUGGCGAACAGCUGCAGAUGAUCGUUGCAAAAGACGACGAGAAAAACCGAACAGCUGAAGAGCAGGGUGAACCGAAGGAAACGCGCGAGGUCAAGUUCGUAGGUAAUGAGCAACAGCCGGCGGCCGAUGUCACUAACAAACCCGCUCCCGAACCCAAAUCCGACGAACGUGAAAAUUGGACGCAACCCCCGGAGCGCAAGGUAUGGCAUCCGAUCGUAUGGCAGCAGCCACCACCCCCGAUUCCGCCGGAUCUAUACGGCAAGGAUGCCCCGCAUCAGCAGCUGAUCGCGAACAUUCGCCGGUUGCUGACGGAAACACGCAAAAAGCCGGAAGAGCAACAGAAAUACAUCGAGCGUAUGAUGCUUUCGCUACCGACCGGGUCCCGGCGGGACGAGGAUGAAGAGGAUCAGCCACCACCACCGGCCCCCAAGCCGAAGAAGAAGAAGAAGAAGAACAAGGGCAAGACCGGUGUGAAGGUGGCUCCGCGGACACGCCUGGAUAGCGAAACGUCGGAGGAUGGUUCCGUGUCGGAGGCGGUUUCCACUGUGGAACCAGCCGAUCCGAUUCCGGAGGAAGUUAGUGCCGAGGCUUAGACAGCCACACGCACAACGCAGAAAGGCGCACUUACUGUUAGGGAGUAAAUAACAGACUAUCUCAGAUGUUCCAGCGAGGUCGUAGGGAGUGUAUUAAACGAAAACGAAACAUGAUUUGUUAAAGCUUGUUGUUCUCUUUGAUCAAUGUACUUAACCUCGAUUUGUUCCGAAGUUGAAUAAAAUCGUUCUCUUUUUUCCAUA